CUUUCCCAUGAGCUCUAUCUAUGUAUAUUAAGAUUAAUUUAGUUGCAAUUGAUUCGUAUGUCACACAUUUGUAUAUAAUUCCAAUUGAAAAUAGAAAGGGUUAAAAACAUGAAUAGGUCAAACUAUAGGUAAAAUUUGGGAAACUGCACCGAUCAAUUGUCCACACCGAAGCUGCUCUAUCAAAAUUCUUAGAUAUGCCUCACCCACAAUCAAAGGGUCGACUCCGUGCCUUGGGCGUUGCGACGGCCGGCAUCGCGGCAUUAUAUAUGGGUCUGACCGCAUACGACAAGCCGGAGAGUCUUGUUCGAGCGUUGAUGAUACCGACAAUGCGGCUGCUGCCCGCCGAGACUGGCUGCAAUUUGGCUCUUCUGGCCUGCAAGUAUCGCUUGUAUCCUGCAUCCAAUUAUGAGGACAACGUCAACUUGAGGACUAAAUUCUUUGGCUGCGACAUUAGUAAUCCCAUUGGGCUGGCGGCCGGCUUCGAUAGGAAUGGCGAGGCUGUACAUGGACUGAAUGAUCUGGGUUUCGGUUUCAUCGAAAUUGGCAGCGUUACGCCUUUGGCUCAGAAGGGAAGUCCCAGGUCCCGCAUCUUUCGACUGAGCGCCGAUCGAGCAAUUAUCAAUCGGAACAGUAUCGAUAGCGAUGGCUACCAGGCAGUGGCCGAGCGCCUGCGCAGACUACGCCAAACCGAUGGCUUCAACGCUGUCGUGGGCGUCAAUUUGGAACGCAAUUACAGCUCUAAUACACCCGUCAUCGAUUACAUGGCAGGAGUAAAGACAUUCGGUCCCGUUGCUGACUAUCUCGUUAUUAACUACAGUAAUGCGAAAGACCAAGGGUACAAUGCGAACAGCAAAAAUCAGCUCAUCGAGCUGCUCGAGGCCGUGAACAUAGAGCGUGCCCAGCUUAAGCCCAUCAAGUACGUGCCCAUCCUACUUAAGCUGUCGCCCGAUAUGACACUUGACGAGAUGAAGGAUGUUGCCGCUGUCAUCGACAUGAGCACGUGCAAGGUGGAUGGCCUGAUCGUGUCGAAUGCGACGAUGACCCGCGACAAUGUGAGUACCUCCAAGAAGUCCCAGGAGGAAGGAGCGCUCAGCGGCGAGCCCCUGCGGCAGCGCUCUACGACUAUGAUCGCACAGAUGUAUCAAUUAAUAAAUAACAGCGUACCCAUCAUUGGUGUCGGCGGCAUCUCAUCUGGCCAGGAUGCUUAUGAGAAAAUUGAAGCUGGCGCCUCAUAUUUGCAGAUCUACACGGCUUUUGUGUUCGAUGGUCCCGAUUUAGUGGAUCGCAUCAAAUCGGAGCUUUCCGAUUGUAUCACUGAGAUGGGAUAUGAAAAUGUCCAGGAAGCAAUAGGUUCAAAUUAUAAGCGAUAUUUGCCUGCUUAAAGUGCAGGUGGUAUUAAGUAAUAUCCAGUAAAUAAAAUUGUAUGUUCGACA